GAUUUAUUCUGAAUUAUUUGUUCAGUUUCACUUGUUUUAUUUAAUUAAAUUUUGUACUUUUAGUAAUUACUCAGUCCUAAAUUAUUUGUUACCAACUUGGACAAGUUGUUCGGAAAAAAUAGUUAGAAUUCAUUCUAAAAAAGAGGAGCUAGUGUGGUCUGAUCUAGUCUAGUCUAGUGAUUAUGAAUUCCAAUUUAAAAAGAAAAGUAUCUGACGACAACGACAAUGACGAUCGUCUGCAUCUGUCGUCUUCUAAAAAGUUCAAAUCAACGUCAAAAAAUUAUGAUCCUUUUGAUAAUGAUGAAGGAUGUUUUGGGUCAAAAAUUUUUACUAGACCAUCAGAAAAGAAUGAAUCCUCAUUAUAUAAUAAUGAUAAUAAGAAGCAAACAUCUAGUCUCUCAAAUGACUUCAUAGGACCUGUCAUUCCAGUUAACUACAUUAAGAAGGACCAACUAGAAGAUGGUGAUCGUCGUGUCACCAAAAAUUUUGGCUAUAGUGAGAUUGCCAGAAAUAAUGAAAGGAAAAAUAGUAGACCCGAUGGUAAAGAUUGUGGAAAUGAAAAUGUUGAAGAGGAUGAUGAUUUAUAUGGACCUAGACCACCACCGAGGAAUUCUGGUGGGGAAAAAUACAGUGAUGGUGAAACAGCUGUUGAGGAUGUCAUCAAUGAAAUUGAAAAGAGGUCGAUGUUGAUGAAGAAGAAAUUACUUGGUCUUGAACAGCCUGAAGCAUCAAGCAAAUCUACAAAGCGAGAGGAAUGGAUGACACAACUGCCUUCGCAGUUCACAAAAAGUUUCGGAGUGACAGCUCGCAAAUUCAGCACAUCCCUGAAUCACGGAGUAAGCGAGGAGGAUCGAUCUGGGUGGACUGAUACUCCGGAAGAUCGUGAGAGAAAGAUGAAGAGUAGAGCAACAAGUGGCAAUCACAGAAAUGAUGAUGGUGAUAAUUUGGACGAACCCUCCCCUAAGGACCUCAUGCUUAUAAGGAGAAAUGAGCAGUAUAGGAAAUUUAUCGAAAAACAUAAUGAAGUGACAAGAAGGAAUAAGUCGCUACUUGAGAUGCAUGAAGAAAAAAGAAGGAAGGGAAAGAAGAAGCGUAGAUCGCCAUCUUCGUCGUCGUCAUCGUCUUCGUCAUCGGAAGAGGAAAAGCGAAAAAAGCAUAAAAAGAAGCAUAAAAAAGAUAAAAAAUCAUCUGGUGAUGCCAAAAAGGAGAAAAAUCCAAAAGUGAAAAAUUCAAAAAGUUCUUCUUCCCCUCAAAAAGAGAAAGCCACAAGACGACCAUUUGAUCGAGAUGUUGACCUUCAAGUCAGUCGAAUGACCUUGACUGAGAAAAGGUCUUUCAUUGAUAAGGCGAGGGUCUUGAAUUCAAAGUUUGGUCAUGGCAAGAGUCAGUUUUUGUGAGGAAGUUAUGUUAUAAUCACUGUCUUAACAAUUUGACGAUAAAGAUGAUGAUAAUAAAAAUGGUGAAAUGGGAUGCCGUUACUACAGCUGCAGAUGAAUUAUGUUACGCAAACUUUUUUUGUUAUAAACUGAUAUUAAAGUUUUUUUUUUUUUUCAUGCAGAUAUGGCAUUAUUGUGAAGUUUCAUGUAAAUAAACUUUUAAGAAACAAA